UGGCGGGCGGGCUGGCGGUGGGGGGACUUGUUGUUCUUCGAGAAGUCGGAGUCGGAGCGCGCGGCGGCGGCUGCGGCGGCGGCGGCCGGGAGGGAGCGCGAGAGUGAAGGCGAGGAGAACGCGUGCUCGCGAGGAGCCGCCGCGCCCCCCGCGCUACGCCAGUCACGAUUUCCAAGUGGUUCUGUCCAGGUGACUGUGCCCAGGUUAUGACGACUACUCCCAAACCUCACAAGGCAUUAAAGGUCAAGAAGGAGGUGGGCGAGAACGCCCCAGUGCUCAGCGAUGAUGAGCUGGUGUCCAUGUCGGUGCGGGAGCUGAACCAGCACCUUCGGGGCCUCACCAAAGACGAGGUGGUGCGCCUGAAGCAGCGCCGGCGCACACUUAAGAACCGUGGCUACGCCGCCAGCUGCCGCAUCAAGCGGGUCACACAGAAGGAGGAGCUGGAGCGGCAGCGGGUGGAGCUGCAGCAGGAGGUGGAGAAGCUGGCGCGUGAAAACAGCACCAUGAAGCUGGAGCUGGAUGCACUGCGCUCCAAGUAUGAGGCCCUUCAGACCUUCGCCCGCACUGUGGCCCGCGGGCCCAUCACGCCCACCAAGGUGGCCACCACCAGUGUCAUCACCAUCGUGAAGUCCACUGAGCUCUCCACCUCUGUGCCCUUCUCGGCCGCAUCCUAGUGCCUGGCCGAUGGGGGCAAAGGGGUGGGCACUGGUGGUGGACAUGUCCCUCAUGCUUGUUGGAGGGUCCCAUGGGAGCAGCCUCCCAGCUCUCCCUUUUGGGGCGAGGCUAUAGGUACAGGAUGAAGAUUAGGGUCUUGGGAACCUGUGUGCUGCACACCUUCCCACAUGCACACGCACAUGCACCCCGCCUUCUCUGGGCUCAGCCAGGGCUCUCCAGACUGUUCUCAGGGGUCAAUGGCUUAUGCUGGGAGGGGGCGACGUCAGGAUGUGGGAGCAAGGUCCUCAGAAGGGUCCUGUCCCCCAGCACUGUGACCCAUCAGCAGGAAUCAGUCUUCCACCCCUCCUGUGAGCAGCCUGUCAACACUUGCAGGCAGCGUGGCCCCCACUGCCCGCAGGCCGGUGCCUGACCCCUUCUAGCCCUGACUGAGCUCGGCCACCCCAGGAAGAGCCGCUUGCCCCCGGUGUCAGCAUGCACCGUGACCCUGCUUUGGCCUCAGCCAGAGACCUCUGCCCCUGGGUGGGUGUAACAAGGGCUGCGUAGGGGGUGUGUGUAUUUCUGUAUGUGCAUGUGUAUGUGUGCGUGCUUGCACACACAUGCUCGCCGUGCUCAUACAUGUGCCUGUAGUCACACCAGGACCCCAGUGUCACUUAGUGGGGGCUCAGGCAUAAGUGUUGAGAAUUUUCCUGUGAUGAUGAGGUGACUUGCAGGAGGUCCCCAGUGAGGAGCAGUAGCUGCCUGGCAUAGGAGCCAGCCUGCCCAGAUGCUGCCCCAAGGAGACCCUGGGGGCUGGGAUGUGGGAAAGGGAAGAUGUUUCUUGUGGGUGGUGUGACGUUGAAGAUGGUCUCAGGAGUGGCUGUGGAGCAGAGUGGCUCUGUUGGAGGAAGCAGGUGAGCAGGGAGACAGGUGGGGGUCAGAGGAUGAGGUGAGAUGGGGUCAGAGACGGGCACUGGGCCAGGACAACAGCAUGGACUGCUCCCAGGGGCACCUGGCUGGUCAGUUCAGAAGGGACAAGGGGACUCUGCAACUUUGGUGCUUAACUGCCUGGAACCUUCACCUGCUCUUUCUUUCUGGAGCUCUGAGCCAUUGAUGAUCUUGGUGACCUUUGCUGGGGCACCUCUUCCUGUCCUUCCCGUGAAGAUGCUGAGACACUGGGUCCUGGGGCUCUGGUCUGGGUGAACUGAAAACCCUUCCACAGGCUGGAAGCUGCAGGGCUCCAGCUCCUGUUGUCCACUUGACCUGAUCCCCACCACCCAGAAAGAUCCCCAGCAAGCUGCAGAGCCCUGGGCAGGUGUCAGCCAUGCCAGGAGAGGAUUGAGAACAGCUGGCCCCAAGGGCUGUGUCUUGCUUCUGUGUCUACUGUCAGCAGCCAAUAGAAAGCCUUGUAACCUUGUUCCUGUUCUGGUGAAGAAAAAGGGUUUGGGAGCACCCAAACGACCUGGUGUUUAAAAAAAAAAAAAAGCUGUUGAUACCAUAGCCAUGGUAGGUAAUCCACAUUGGAUGUCAAUAAGGGCCAUGGGGAAAUAUUUAAGAGAGAGAGAGAAGUAUAUAUAUAUAUAGUAUAUAUAUAUAUAUAGUAUAUAUAUAUAAAAUUAUAUACACAUUUUAUCGUACAGAUUUUUCGUAACUUCUUUUCCUGUUUGAUACUGUAAAUGUUAGUGCAGAGCUGCACUUGAAUGUGGGUAGGAUAGGGGUGAGGUGCCCUUUCCUGGCUUCCACAUGCCAGCCAGCUCCGGGCUCUGAGGAGGAAGGCUGCGUGCACCUCCUCCCUUGGUCUUCCUGCCUGCCUUUCCCAGUGGGGUCCCAGGGCUGCCUCCCCCACCCCAGUCUGGUGUCCUGCUGGGCUGCCACACCCCUGGGAAAAGCACUGUCCAGUAUAGGGUCCUUGGAGCUCCUUGUCCUUUGAGACAGGGUGCUGGUUGCUGCCCUCGCCUCUAGGCCGGAGGGAGCAGCUGUGGCCACGCGGUGAGGACGCAGCCCCUGCCUGUCCCCUUCCCGGGGCCUGGGGCGGACGAUGAGCACGUUCCCUUGUGCUUUUCCUUUCGGAUCAUUGAAAUUUCAUUGUCACAGUUUUAAUAUAUGGAUUUUUUUUUUUUUUUUUUAAUUUAAGAAAAAAGGCAAGGCCCUCUAUCAGGUGGAGGCCGCUUUUCCUGUCUCCUGUGCUUCUGGCACCUGUCCUUCCCAGUGAAGGCUCGCCUUGGCCGUUUCCAGGUGACAGGGCCUCCUGUAAGCUCAGCACCACCUUCCUCGCCUCCGUGGCCGCUCAGCAGUUUCAUUUCAAUAUUUAUUUUUGUGCUGCUUCUAUCAUGUUAUAAAUUAUUGAAAAGAUCCUGUGUUGUGAUCCUUGUUCCUGUGACAUGUGCCCAUGCCCGCCCUGUCCCCUCAUGGCCACCACCUAAUUUAUUGCCGUAUGUCUCUGCUGUGACGCUUUUGUACCUUUCAAUAAAGUUCUCUGGUUUCAGAUCUGUCUCUUGCGGUUGGUACUUUGGACCACAUGCCACAUGGUGCUGCAGUCCUCCACCCCAACUUCUACCUCUGGUCCCCCGUUGCUGGUGCUCACCUGGACGCCAGGCCUGGUGUUGAGCACUCUGGAAAGGGCCUCCCCCCUGCAUACCUGGAUGUUUUGGGUUCCAUAGGACAGCCACCAGGGGUAGGGGGGUGUGUCAAGAGUUGGAGGCAACCUAGGUACACUCUGGCUGGUAGGCAGAGUUCACAGCUGUCCCCUCUGCCCUGACCAGAUGCUCCUGUCAGAGCAGCUCUCUCCCUGGGCAGUGUCCACCAGUUGUGGGCCAGACCUCACCUGGUUUUGUCAGGGAUGGGGAUUUUGCAGAGUGUUGAGAAGACAAGACUGUUAGGGCAGAGAGCAAAGCAUCCUGUGUGGUGACCUGAAGUAAGCACCAAAACC